CUUACGUUCUACCUGACCAUCUUUUCCUCAAUUUCCUCCAGUAUGGAACGUGAAUCGGCCGAACAGGCUCGUCUGCUUGCCGAACAUGAGCGUCGUCGAGCUGACUUCAAUGAAGCCCAAAUAGCCAAGCCGCAACACCAGAACACUCAACAGCAGUUAGCCCCGUUAGUUAGUUCCCUUAAGACGGAAGACUUGAUGGGGAAACCAAAUGAAACUAGAUUUAAAUUGACUAACCAACUGGCUAGUCAGGGCGCGGCCUGUCGGGCGGAAGGACACGAGGCCACAAUCGCCAGACAGCGUGCAGCAAUGACUGAAUUACGGCAGCGAAUGAGGGAUGCCCAACUUUUGCAAAGCCCCUAUGCGCAGAAUGCUCUGUCUAACACUGGGGCAGACAAGUCUUCCGCAAUGGCUCGCGAACUUAUCAGUCUCCGACGCGAACUUGCUGAGCUGAGGGCACAACGAAUGGUGUCAGAAACUUUGCCGCCAAAUAUCUUCACUUAUGCAGGGCUUCCCACAGGUGUACAGAAUCCAGCCAUAACAGCUAACCAAAUAGGUCAGUCGUAG